CGAUCAUCAAAACAUGCAAUGCGACGGGUAGUUGUCACAGGCUUAGGGCUUGUCACGCCCCUCGGAAUAGGUGUUCGUCGGGCAUGGCAGCGUCUCAUCGAUGGCAAUUGCGGCAUCACAUCCAUCAAGGACAGAAGCCCUCAGUUUGCAGCUUUGCCAAGCCAGGUUGCUGCUGUCGUGCCUGAGGGUACAAAAGCAGAUGGAAAAUGGAGUGCGAAAGAAUACACGGGUCCUGGUGAUGAACGUCGAAUGGCGAAGUUUGCGCAAUACGCCAUGGUUGCAUCCGAGGAAGCGCUGAAUGAUGCUGGAUGGGUGCCGAAGAAGGAAGAGGAUCUCGAAGCUACUGGUGUCUAUAUAGGUUCUGGUAUUGGUAGUCUGGACGAUGCAUAUGACACAGCAGUGGCUUUCGAGAAAGGCGGCCAUCGAAAAGUGUCUCCCCUCUUUGUCCCGCGGCUUCUCAUCAACCUUGCAGCGGGCCAUGUAUCGAUGCGUUACGGCUUCAGGGGGCCAAAUCACGCAGCCACAACAGCGUGUACAACAGGUGCCCACAGCAUCGGCGACGCAUCGCGUAUGAUCCAAUUGGGUGAUGCCAACGUUAUGGUCGCUGGUGGUGCCGAAUCCUGCAUACACCCCCUCGCCAUUUCAGGUUUCGCAAGGGCAAGAAGUCUGGCAACCGAGUUCAACGAACGACCUACAGAAGCCAGUCGGCCAUUUGAUAGGGAUCGAGAUGGUUUCGUCAUUGGUGAAGGCGCUGGAGUUGUCGUGCUCGAAGAACUAGAGCAUGCCAAAGCCCGCGGUGCGCGCAUAUACGCAGAAGUUGCUGGAUAUGGCUUGUCGAGCGACGCGUAUCAUAUGACUGCGCCCCGUGAAGAUGGCCAAGGCCCACGAUUGGCGAUGAAGAAGGCGCUGAAAUACGCUGGCCUGAAGCCAGCUUCCGUCGACUACAUCAACGCCCAUGCUACGAGCACGCCUCUUGGUGAUGCGGCGGAAAACAGAGCGAUCAAAGACUUGCUGCUUGGUGCGGAUGGUAAGAGACAUGCUUCUGAGAUCAACGUCAGCAGCACGAAGGGUGCUGUUGGACAUCUGCUUGGGGCUGCGGGCAGUGUGGAAGCGAUAUUCACCAUUCUCGGUUUGCACACUAACAUCCUUCCACCGACCUUGAACCUGCACAACCCAGGAGAUCCGGCGGAAGACUUCAGUUGCAACUAUGUCGCAAACGAAGCGCAGCAGAAGGAGGUCAAUGUCGCCAUGUCUAACAGCUUUGGCUUUGGAGGAACCAACGCUUCACUUUGCUUUCGCAAGAUGCAAUAAUAUUUAGAGAUACCGACACGUCGCUAUGCUUUCGUAGGCGAUAAAAAGACUGGAUUCGGAGCAGCACAAAC